AUGGCAUCGAAUCCGCCGUCGUCCCUCUUCCAGGUGUAUCUCCGCCUCCGGCCUCCAAUCUCACAGCAAGCCGACCAGCCCGAACGCUGCCUGACCGUUGAAGAGCCGGACGCCUCACAUUCGUCCAAUGAUGGGUCCAGUCCAGCCUCAGCCCCGACGCAUAUCACAACACAGCCCCCCAGCGACGCCCGGAAGCGGGGAGUCGAGAGAUUCGGCUUCACUCAGGUGUUUGACGAGUCGGCAACACAGCUCAAUGUCUUUGAAGACACUGGCCUACAGUCCUUGGUCAAGGGUGUCUUGUUGGAGCAAAGGGAUGGAUUGGUCGCAACACUAGGGGUGUCAGGAAGUGGCAAGAGCCACACCAUUCUAGGCUCCAAGACGCAGAGGGGAAUUACUCAGAUGAGUUUGGAUGUGAUAUUCAAGUCAUUGGCCUCUACAAUCAAGCCGCCUGAGAAUUCGAUCCCUCCUUAUCUUUUGGCAUCCGUGUCCGCUUCCGACGCCUCAGAAUCUCAGAUGUUCACAGCACAGACGUUUCUCGAUGCAGUAUACGGCGAGUCCGACCGUGGCAGGAAUUCAAGGGCCCAGACGCCUUUGAGCUCAACCCGAGCUCACACCCCAAUGGCGGUAUGGAAAUCACCUCUCCUGAACCCACUUCAAAGGAUCCCAAACUUAUACCCCGGUCAAUGGGGUUUGUCCCAAUACCUCUAUAAACCGGCGUCACUGGCCUGGACCAAGACGACUACCUCAAGCUCCAACGCUCUUCAAGUAACAGCCUCGGACAGCCAUAGUCCCUCACCACUGCCCAGAAAUCACCAACCUAGCACUGCUGAGUUACAUGAUGCUAAUGUCGGCUCAAUAAAGGACCCCAUGCCCGCUCUCAUUUUCCCUCGUCGACACGCGCCCAUGAGAGCUAGCACUCUGCCCCGAUCACCUGAUGUGAGCCAUCUCACGCUCGAACUGAACCCCCAUUCCGAGUACAUUGUUUUGGUGUCUAUGUAUGAGGUGUAUAACGACCGGAUCUUCGAUCUUCUUUCACCCGCCAUCGUGCCCGGCCAGGGAAGUGCCGUUUCUCGCCAGGGGGCGUCAUCUCAGAAAGAGCGCAGAAAGCACUUGUACUUCAAAUCGACCGAAGGGUCGCCUGACCGGAAGGUUGUCGCCGGGCUACGAAAGAUCGCCUGUAGCACUUACGAAGAAGCGUUGGCAGUCCUCGAAGUUGGCCUUACUGAGCGUAAGGUGACUGGAACUGGCGCGAACAGCGUCAGCUCCCGUAGCCAUGGCUUCUUCUGCCUCGAAGUCAAGCGGAGAAUGCGAAACAAACGGACCGGGGAAGAGACUUGGAUAGGAAAUACUCUCACUGUUGCGGAUCUUGCUGGAUCUGAGCGAGCGAGGACUGCAAAGACGGCUGGCUCCACCCUGGUAGAGGCAGGCAAGAUCAACGAGAGUCUGAUGUACUUGGGACAAUGCCUGCAAAUGCAGAGUAGUAAUCAAGAAGGGAAUAAGACCGCUAUGGUUCCUUACAGACAGUGCAAGCUUACGGAAUUAUUGUUCUCGAAUUCCUUUCCGUCACAGCAGACAGCAAGCAUGAAUCGGAAUCCGCAAAGAGCCAUAAUGAUCGUAACUGCCGAUCCAUUAGGUGACUACAAUGCCACGUCACAAAUCCUGCGAUACUCAGCUUUGGCCCGCGAGGUCACUGUCCCUCGAGCCCCGUCUGCCGAGUCAUUACUAUCAAGUACUCUCGGCUCUCGGACAGGGUCCAAUGGUCGUCAUUCGCCGCAACUUGGUUUGGCUGAAGACCUCGAAAAGGCACUCGCUGAUAUUGAGUGGCUGACGGCAGAGAAUGAGAGACUUGGCCUACGACUGACAGAAGAGGAAAUGUUGAGGGCCGAGACUGAAACAGCACUCAUUGUCAGUGAAGACAGAUGUCUUCUCAUCGAGCAAGAGGUGCGAGAAGAGUGCUGGGCCGAGAUGGAAGAGCGCAUGGAGCAAGAGAGAAAGAGAUGGCAGAGCGCAUGGGACGAGCAGACUGGUCACAAUGAUGAUCACAUCGACAAGAAGAUCGAGCUCCUGUCCCGAGGAUUCCAAAUCCACGAAGAUCCUCAGCCAUCCUGCGAUGAACGGGUUGAAGAGCUUGAAUUCGAAAACGACCAGCUGCGCAGCAGAAUCACGGCUCUGGAGCGUGAACUGCACUGCAGAUCGCCCACAAAGAAAUCCAAGUCCAAGAACACUGCGCUGGAAUCCUCGCGCAAUGCCAACAUCCUCGGUCGUGAGAGCGAUAUCGAAGUUGCGCUCCGCAAGAUGGACCAGCUGAAACUCGCCGAUAGCAUGUUCAGAGGUCCCGUUGUCGAUUCACCCGGCAAGAAACAAAGGAAGAUGGCAACCCGGAAAUGGGACCUUGCGCCGGAGGACGAUCUUUAA